GCGCGGCGCGGGCGGCAGCAUGGUGGAGAAGCGUUGCCCGCUGCAGAGGGACGGCGUGUACCGCUGGUUCUCUGAGCUGCCGUCGCCGCAGCGCGUGGAGUUCCUGUGCGGCCUGCUGGACCUGUGCAUACCGCUCGAGCUGCGCUUCCUCGGCUCGUGCCUCGAGGACCUGGCCCGCAAGGACUACCACUCGCUGCGCGACUCGGAGAUCAAGGCCAACAACCCGGCCGACCUGGGCAGCCUCACCAACCUGACGGACGAGGUGGUGCGCAGCAAGCUGCUGGUGUCGCUGGCGCUGUUGGGCUCGGAGCAGCGCGAGGCGGCAGGCGUGCUCUACCGCACGCUCACGCACAUCGACUCCAUCAUCCACAACUACGGGCUGCAGCUCAACGAGGGCCGCACGGGCGAUGAGUUUCUGCUGCUCUUCACCAUGGCCUCCAACCACCCGGCCUUCAGCUUCCACCAGAAGCAGGUGCUGCGCCAGGAGCUCACGCAGAUCCAGAGCAGCCUGAGCGGCGGCGGGGGCCAUGGGGGAAAGAGCGCGCCCGGGUCCGGCGGCGCUCUGCCUACCUGCCCGGCCUGCCAUAAGAUCACUCCUAGAACCGAGACCCCCGUUGGCAGUGUCAGUAACAGUUUGGAGAAUGCACUGCAGACGUCAGCACAUUCCACGGAGGAGCUGCUGCCCAAGAGGCCUCUAGGGAAGCACAGUAAAGUGAGUGUUGAAAAGAUAGACCUGAAGGGAUUAUCACACACAAAAAAUGACAGGAAUGUUGAAUGUUCCUUUGAGGUCUUGUGGUCUGAUUCUUCAGUAACAUCCAUAACCAAAUCUUCUUCUGAAGUGACUGAAUUUAUUUCCAAGUUGUCUCAGCUCCACCCUGAAGAGAAUUUGGAGAAGCUCAUUCCUUGCUUAGCGGGCCCAGAUUCGUUUUAUGUGGAGCGAAACCACAUGGGUCUGGAAUCGGGCCUGAGGUAUUUGGCUUCGCUACCUUCACAUGUAUUAAAAAAUGACCAUGUUAAGAAGUUUUUCAGCACUUCAUCUCCUACCCAACAGCUUCAAAGUCCAAGUCCUGGCAACCCUUCUCUUUCUAAAGUAGGUGCCGUGAUGGGCGUGCCUAGCAGGCCUGUGUGUGGCGUGGCUGGCAUCCCGUCAUCGCAGAGUGGAGCCCAGCACCACGUGCAGCACCCUGCCGGCUCGGCCCCCACCUUGCCCCACUGCUCCCACACGGGUGGCACGGGCUCGGCGCUGGCCUACCGGACCCAGAUGGACGCCUCGCCUGCCAUCCUAAUGCCUUCCAGUCUGCAGGCCCCUCAGACCCAGGAGCAGAAUGGAAUCUUAGAUUGGCUGAGGAAACUGCGUUUGCACAAGUACUACCCUGUCUUUAAGCAGCUCACUAUGGAGAAGUUUUUGAGCCUUACUGAAGAAGAUCUCAAUAAAUUUGAGUCCCUCACCAUGGGAGCAAAGAAAAAACUCAAGACUCAGCUGGAGCUGGAGAAGGAGAAGUCAGAGAGACGGUGCUUGAACCCCUCCGGCCCAUCCCUGGUCAGCAGCAGCGGUGUGGCUCGGGUGCCCCCCACCAGCCACGUGGGCCCCGUGCAGGCCGGACGGGCCAGCCAUGCGGCAGGUGGGGGCUGCUGUGCAGAGCUGCGGGUGGAAGUUGAGCCAGCCGCGCACCAGCUGCCCCGGGAAGGCAGCUCCUCCGAGUAUUCGAGCUCCUCGUCCAGCCCGAUGGGCGUGCAGGCCCGCGAGGAGAGCUCCGACAGUGCAGAGGAGAGCGACAGACGUGUGGAGAUUCAUUUGGAGGGUCCGGACAAGGAGAAGCCGGUGAUGCUGCUCAGUCACUUCACUUCGAGUUCCGCCAGACCCACGGCCCAGGUCCUCCCCGUGCAGAACGAGGCGGGCUCCACGCCCUCUGGCCACCACCCGGUGCCCCCGCAGAUGAUGGGCGCAGCCCCGCACGUGGCGCCCAUGCGCAUGCUAAGUUCUGUGCACAAGUCUGAGAGGGGCAGCUCAGACAUGAAGCUGCUCCCGUCCUCCAUGCACUCACUCUUGUCUCUAGAGGAGAGGAGCAAAGGGUCUGGACCCAGGAGCAGUGUGAAGGUGGACAAGAGCUUUGGCGGUGCCAUGGUGGACGCGCUGCCUCCGCCCACGCCCCAUCAGCCUGUGCAGGUCCUCUCGGGGCUCUCGGAGAGCAGUUCCAUGUCACCCACGGUCUCCUUUGGUCCCCGGGCCAAAGUCGUGCACGCAUCCACACUGGACAGGGUGCUGAAGACAUCGCAGCAGCCGGCCCUGGUGGUGGAGACCAGCACGGCUGCCCCAGGGACGCCCAGCUCGGUCCUGCACGCGGCCCGGCCGCCCAUCAAACUGCUGCUGUCGCCUUCCGUUCCUGCUGACUCUGCCAUUUCUGGGCAAACGUCCUGUCCCAACAACGUGCAGAUAAGCGUGCCCCCUGCAAUAAUCAACCCCCGGACAGCUCUGUACACAGCCAACACCAAAGUUGCCUUUUCUGCGGUAAGCAGCAUGCCCGUGGGCCCGCUGCAGGGCGGCUUCUGCGCCAGCAGCAGCACCGCCUCCCCCAGCAGCCUCCCCGCCACUUCCUUCGCGAACAUGGCCACGCUGCCCAGCUGCCCGGCCCCCAGCUCCAGCCCUGCGCUGUCCUCCGUCCCGGAAAGCAGUUUCUACAGCAGCAGUGGCAGCGGCGCCUCCACAGGAAACAUUCCCGCCUCCAACCCCAAUCACCACCACCACCACCACCAUCAGCAGCCCGCGCCGCCCCCGCAGCCCGCGCCGCCCCCGCCGGGCUGUGUUGUGUGCACAUCGUGCGGCUGCAGCGGCAGCUGUGGCUCCAGCGGCCUGACAGUCAGCUACGCCAGCUACUUCCAGCACCCGUUCUCGGGGCCGUCCGUGUUCCCCUUUCCAUUCCUGCCCUUCAGCCCUGUGUGCGGCAGUGGCUACGUGGGCGCCCAGCAGUACGGCGGCGGGUCCACCUUCCCUGUGGUGCACGCGCCCUACAGCGGCAGCGGGACCCCCGAGCCCGUGCUGGGUGGGCAGUCCACGUUCCCGGUGCCGCCCAUGCAGAACUUCAUGGCGGGGACAGCGGGGGUCUACCAAGCCCAAGGACUGGUGGGGAGUAGCAAUGGUUCAAGUCACAAAAAGAGUGGGAAUCUGUCUUGUUACAACUGCGGGGCCACCGGGCACCGCGCGCAGGACUGCAAGCAGCCGUCCAUGGACUUCAACCGGCAAGGUACUUUUAGGUUGAAAUAUGCCCCUCCAGCAGAAAGUCUGGACUCCACAGAUUGAUAUUUUUCUCUGGCAACAGAACAUUAUUAAGCCAUGGAGACAUAAAGAAAAUUAAACACAAAACUGAGAAGUCUAGUUGCUGUUGAGCUUAACAUUUUUAAUCCAAAGGUGCUUUACUUUACUAGACUGGAUAGGAAAUCUAGCAUAGACGUACAUCAAACUCGAUUUUAUUGCCAAAAUCCUAGAUUGGAGCUUGAUGUCAGGACUUGCCUAGUGGGUAUCUCCAUGGUGGUGGAGUUGGCCGUCUGCACUUCGGUUGCAAUGCAGAGAGACCUCCCGUCUCCUGAAGAGCAUUGCCGUCGCUGGUCCUUCUAGGCUCACAUAUAAUUCCAGGGCAGCUACGCGUGCGUGAUCUGAAUCGAGAACUGGAGGUUGGAGUUCUCCAAGUGGAGUUCCACCCAUCGGACUCUUGACACCCCUGGGUUAGGGAUAUCGUCAACUUUGUUUUGUUUUGUUUUUUUCCUAAAGUGGUUAGGCACUAAUCUCUGGGAUUUUAAGGAUUGCACUACAGAAGAAUGUAACCUGAUGCAAAUCUCUGCAGUUCUGGGAGACAAACUCCUCUGAGACCAGUCAGUGCAAGAGACUCAGAUAACCACAUAGAGUCGGCACCAGCAGGCUCCUCGACUUAGUACACAACAGAGAUUUUAGUAUUUCCUUCCCUCCUGCAAACACUUAACAGCAGUUCCAGGUUUUUAAUUUUUUUCUGCAAAUAAAUUAAAACUACAUUAUUAAAUAGAAAUAGUUUACUCGCAACAACUUAAUUUCCAAGGGUCCAAGUCCCAGAGAAUCCAUAGUCGUCAAAGCUUUGAGAAUACCUUCCUUCCCAGCCGUCCAGUGUCUUUGAGCCCUGAUAUCUUCCACUAAGACCGAACUCUUGCAGGGACAGGGUGACAGCGCGGCUGUGUGACUUGGCUGUGAGGGAUGCUGCACAUCCUUGGCAGAGUUUGCAAGUUGCUUUUUAUCUCAUGAGCUCCCCAAGAACCCCCAGCCCCAAGGCUUACUGCUAAUGGAUUCACACCUGAGACAGACAUUUCAGCAGUGACAUGGUCCUAUCAUUUAUGAGCAAAAGAUGGGGAAUUUUCUCCUGUCAACUUCUUUUGUAUUAAGCUGUGUAUUGAUAGUUAAUUCCGUUAAAAAUUACCUGGAAAUCUUCAAUAGAAGUGGUAGGACUCUGGAAGAGGCCACACACAGGAGACAGAGCCACGAGAUCUGUACAAGUCUGGUUUUUGUAAGGUAGGAAAUAAACCUUCACUGUCUCUCUAUAUUUCAGCCCACUGAAACAAAAGCAUUUUCAUCUGAAAUUUAGGGACUUAAAUCUUCAAGGUUAAAGGGAAUUCUUUACAAAAGUAAUACUUAAAAUGCUAAAGCCUUCAAUAUUAAAAUAUCGAUUGGUAAGGUCUUGCUAGGAACUUUCCAGUUAAAUAUUUACUUUAAAAAUAAUUAUAGUAUUCAGGCCAUUCUUAAAAUGGGACAAUCAGCUUCAUGGGACAUAGGUAUCAAUCAUAAGAAUACCCUAGAACAGCGGUUCUCAACCUGUGGGUCGUGACCCACAGGAACUGUAUUAAAGGGCCACGGCAUUAGGAAGGUUGAGAACCACUGCCCUAGAAUGUGAGGUUUCAGACUUGGAGGUUCGGUUCUUGACAUAAUGGAAACGAAAUGGGAAAGUUAACAUUUUACUAUGGAAGGCUUUUUAGUAGAGUUUUAGUUUUGUUUCAGUUAAGUUUUAUUUCUAUGCAAUGCAGAAUUGACAGACCUCCGUGUCCUCUCUGUUCCUGGUAUCCAGUGUUACAGCUUUGAGGUAAUGGUGAUGCACACUACAGCAGCCGUUUGGGGAACGUUAUGUUGCUCUCUUAAAUUACAAACACUACAAAAUGUCAAAAUAUGAGAACUGACACAACUUUGCCUUAAAGAGAACUAGACUGGACCGUGUCAUAUUGUGUUGAAGGAAAACUUAAGAGUGUUCAUUGAUGUUUACGGUUUUACUAUUUCUGACGGCCGUGAUGGUGGCCUACAUAUGUGCUGAAAGCCAAACUUUUAAGCUUUUUGGUUUUUUUAAACAAAGAAAUAUUUUAAAUAAAUCCUAUUUCAACACACUGAAAUUGUUGAAAACUGUCUCACAACAAGAAGAAAAUCACUUAAAAUUUUUGUUGUAGUGGUCAGUAUAGGGGACUGAAAGUAUCUGUUGUUACCCUUAUAACUAUUUUGAUUAAUAUUUGAGGUUAACCUUAAAUACAACAAAAAGUUAAAAUAGAAAUUUCAGUUUGAAGUAUGACAGAGUUGAGGUAAAUAAGUUCUGACGUUGGGUGGCUGUGCUCCGGCCAUCAGAGGUCUUUGGGAAAUUUCCAGUUGUCUUUGACGUGUGUAGAGUGUGACGUCUCCCGUAAGGCCAUUCAGAGUUGAGAAUUGUGAGACAUAAAUGAGUUACACGGUACAGAAAACUCAGCCACCAGGCCACGAGACCUCUUCCUAAGGGAGCCACACACUUGGACUUGAUUAUUGCUAGCACUUCUUUUCUCUGAUGAAUUCCUCUCCAAAAGCAACCAAGGUCAGUGAGCCUAAAGAACACCUUGCAUUUUGUCAGAAGACUUUCUCAUCAGUUAGAAAACACAGAACACGCUGACCCUUUCAAGUACUAAAGUCAUUUUCCUCAACUUGUGGUCUCAGUUUCAGACGCUUUAGCGACCAGCUGGCUGUGGCGCCCAUCGCUCCUUUGCUCUUUGCAGUCUAUCAGAUAGUAACACCAUUUUUGAUCUCCAAGAGUGGGGAAAAUGGAAUGCAGAGAUGGGGGGAGGAUAGUGUUGGGAUAAAGCAACUAUUUAAUUUUUAAUUUUAUUUUUUAAAUGAAACAGUCAAUUUUCUACCCUCUUUCUAUUUUUUUCAUAGUAAUAUUGACAGUUGGUAAGUGUUUAACAUUAGAACUCCUGAUUGCCAAGAGCACUGAGGAGAUGGGAGCUAGCACUUAAAGACAUUUUCUUGAAUACACACAUAUGUGAUUGGGUAAUAAAAAUAACCAGCAUCAUCUCCAAAAAGAUUCAGGAGUCAGCUUGUUAAUAAGUAGUUAGUAGGUUCCGUACUUGAGUUCAGUAUUUAGAAUCCUAGGUCGUCUAUUACAGAAACAGUAGUUAGUUUACACUACACACUCUGCACUGCAGCACGCGGGAGGUGGUGGUGACUGUGCCUGAACAUCACCCAGCUGUCCUGUGGCUCACACCUGAGCACAGGCUGGACCAGACUCCACAUGCCCACUCUCCAGUGCUGCUCAUGGGCACUUGCUGGACGGGAACUGGGCAGCUGCCUUGACCCCUGUUGUUUCUCGUCCUCCUCCCUGCUUCCCAGUAUUGUUUUAUGCCUCACCUGUCCACCCUGGUAACUGAGGUCUUCAAGGCUGUGAGGUGAGGGACACCACCCCCUGCUCAACUCGACCCUCUGCCCUAGACAAGGGUCCUGUGCAACCUGAGGGGGAUCUGCUGUCCUUUCCAAAGUGCGGGUGACUCCCAAAGAACGAGUCAGGUGACAUUUAAAGCCAUGGGUUCUGAAGAGGGGGUCUGAAUGGAAGUGAGCAUCUUUAAUCAAUACUCGCAAUAUUCUAGAAAACCAUAUACUGUGCUGGUUGAGGCCAAAGGUCAGCACUGCUGCACUGUUCACCAAGGGAGGGGAGCAGUGACCUUCAGUCCCGCUGCAGCCGCACGUGUGGUGACAGCCCUCGCACACGUGUGAGUUCUCAUGUGCACAAAAAGAUGAGGCUUUGGUACCGAAUCUGAACCUGUGUACUCAAGAGUCUUCAUAGCUUCUAUUGGACAUGUUUUCUUUUUAGGAAUGAAGGAAAAUUUUCCCAUUUUUGAGCCAUUCUUUUGUCAAUUCUACAAAAUUGCAUGUAACUUUAUAAAUAUUUUUAAAAGAUAUAGUUUUGUAAAUAUUUAAUAUUCUGCUAAUUUGAUUUUGAAUUGUAAAUGUCAAGUAUUCUGUUUUUGGGGUUUUUAUGUUUUAUUAUACUUUGUUAAAAAGGAAAAAUUGUACAUUUUUAGAAUGUUUUUAUGAGUAAAUUUAAUGUACUGAAAAUAAAAAUUUAAAAAAAGGC